UAGUUGUGCCGUGUGCAUCCACAAAUAUAGACUACCUGUGUACAGAAUCUUUCCAGUCUAGUCCGCGGCAUUUCCGACGAAUAGGAACUACUUCACAGAGUACCUCCGAGACACACACACGCACUCAGAUCAAAAUGCCUUUCGUUCCCGUUGAAACCCCCAAGUGCCCCGCGUGCGGCAAGUCGGUCUACGCUGCCGAGGAGCGCGUUGCCGGAGGCUACAAAUUCCACAAGACCUGCUUCAAGUGCAGCAUGUGCAACAAGGCCCUGGACUCGACCAACUGCACGGAGCACGAGAAGGAGCUUUUCUGCAAAAACUGCCAUGGUCGCAAAUACGGUCCCAAGGGAUACGGUUUCGGUGGUGGUGCCGGCUGCCUGUCCACGGACACUGGCGCCCACUUAAACAGAGAAUUCGUUCCGCCCAAGAUCCCCCCGAAAGCACCCGACGGGCUGGGCUGCCCCCGGUGUGGAAUAUAUGUGUAUGCCGCCGAGCAGAUGCUGGCCAGAGGAAAGGGUUACCAUCGAAGGUGCUUCAAGUGCGUGCAAUGCAACAAGACUCUAGACUCAACUCUUCACUGUGAUGGUCCGGACAAGGACAUUUACUGUAGAGGAUGUUAUGCUCAGAAGUUUGGGGCCAGGGGUUACGGACACAUCGGCAUUUCGUCCUUGGGGUUGAUGUCCGACAUCAAGGAUUGCGAGUGGCAAAGCGACAUGGCUCCCAAAGCCUCCAUCAUAAAUGUGGAGCAAAUCCAGGCGCCAAUCGGGGAAGGAUGUCCACGUUGUGGCGGCGUAGUCUUCGCCGCGGAACAAGUUCUCUCCAAGGGAAGGAGCUGGCACCGGAAGUGCUUCAAGUGUCGGGACUGCACCAAGACUCUGGACUCCAUUAUCGCGUGCGAUGGUCCGGACAAUGAGGUCUACUGCAAGACUUGCUACGGCAAGAAGUGGGGACCCCAUGGUUACGGAUUCGCCUGUGGAUCCAGUUUCCUGCAAACCGACGGCAUCACUGAGGAGAACUUGGCAUCUGAGCGACCCUUUGUGGCCCCGGACACCACUUCCAUCAUGGCUCCGGACGGCGAGGGAUGUCCCCGAUGUGGUGGAGCGGUCUUUGCGGCCGAGCUGCAGCUGUCCAAGGGGAAGAUGUACCACAGGAAGUGCUUCAACUGCGCCAGGUGCACCCGACCCUUGGACUCGGUGCUCGCCUGUGACGGCCCGGAUGAGAAUAUCUACUGCAAGCUCUGCUACGCGAAGCUCUUUGGCCCCAAGGGCGUCGGGUACGGACACACGCCCACCCUGGUGUCCACCAACUACGAGUACACGCCCAGCUGUUGGGGAACCAUCGAUCGCAACGGACAAAAGUCGGAGAACGGGUGUCCGCGAUGCGGAUUCAUGGUCUUCGCCGCGGAACAGGUGAAGAGCGCGAAGAACGUGUGGCACAAGCUCUGCUUCUACUGCAUGGAGUGCCGCAAGUACCUGGACUCGACCAACCUGAACGACGGACCCGAUGGCGGCAUCUAUUGCCGAUCGUGCUACGGCAAGUUCUACGGGCCGAAGGGCGUGGGCUACGGAAUCGGAGCUGGCACACUGACAAUGGCUUAACAACUCGACCAAAAA